AUGUUCAAGAAAGAUAAACGUCCAGCAGACAAAACAUCUACAUUUUAUAAUGGAAGUUCGAGUCCAUUAGUAGAACGAAAAGAAAAGACACCUUCCCCUAUAUCAUCAAAUUUUGAGGAAACAAAUAAAGAAGUGGCUUCUUCAUCGUCGCAAUCAACAACAGAACCAGUAUCAUGGGAUACAUUAGAUCCAUUUUCUGUCUUUGAUGUGUCUGCAAAUAUUGCUACGAGUGCAAAAUCGUCAACUGUAACACGACAAUCAAAACCAGUUGUAUCUUCUUCAACAUUGCAACCAUCUGCACUACAAGCGUCAUAUAAACAAGGGACGCAAUCAGCAUCUACAGCAGCAAAUCAAAUUCAAGCUGAUAAAAUGGAAGUAACACAUAUUAUUGCAAACUAUGCAGUGGAACCGCUCGAAAUGUUGCAUCUUGGUAAGUUAUAA